AAACGCGACUUCAAAUCUCUGCCUCAACAGGCCCGACAGCAGAUGCUCAAUUACCCAACCUCGAAAAAAUGGAUGCUGAUCCAUCAAGACGCGUUGACCGAACACCAAAACCAGCGACGCAGGCACUCCACCAAAGACGACGAGAGCACGCCUCAGUGGUACGUGCGCAAGAUCAUGGACAUGACAAUCACUUCCAAGCAGCUCGGCAAUCUGUGGGUAUGUCUUCGCACGGAGCCUAUCGCUUGGGUCAAGGCAUUCUGCGCAGCGCAAGGACAACUUGCUCUCUGCACCGUCAUUUCACAUAUCAACCAAAGAUACAACAGACAGACAGAAGAAACCAUAGAGCGCGAAUACGACCUAGUCAAAUGUUUGAAAGCGCUUCUUAAUCUCGAAUAUGCUGCCGAUGAAGCGCUGCAGUCCACGAAAUGUAUACCAGCACUGAUCGGCUCUAUCGUCUCCCCCCGACUUGCGACCAGAAGACUCGUCACCGACAUCCUUACAUUCUUAGCUCAUUGGGCCCGUCCGUAUGGUCACACUCAAGUGAUCAACGCGUUCGACCAGCUCAAAGCACAUUUGAACGAGCAGGGCCGCUUCGAUGUUUGGUUACAAACUGUUGAAGCGACCCUCGGUGGUCGAGGAAAAUGGGGUUCUUUGGUGGGCGCUAGUGACGAGCUGCGGUCGGCAGGAGUUGGGUCCGAGAAUCUGUUGAUGGAAUAUAGUCUAGCAACUAUUCUGCUGGUCAAUAUCCUUGCCCAGGGAUCCGAAGACAUCAAAAUUCGGGUGCAUGUCCGUGCCCAACUCAAGGCAGCUGGUCUAUCCCGCAUCAUGAAGCAUAUGCUCGGAUUCAACUAUGACUUGGUCAAUGAGCAAAUCCAACAGUACGAAGAUGCGGCGGCUCUGGAUUACGAAGAUCUGAUGGAACAGCAGCAAGAGGAGGAAAUCCGCGAUCUUGAUGAUCCUGUUGAGAUUGCCGAAGAUAUCUGGGCACGCGUGCGGGGUACAGCAUCUGAGGAUUUUUUCGUGUCCUCGAUGCAGCACUUACUACUGGUACGCGAUACAAAGCCAGAAGAUACCGCCCGGCUGUUUAAACUCAUUGAUGGUGUCCUGUCCUACGUCGCUAUGGACCGGAUCCUUCCCGAUCGCGAUUUACGAUCGACCCUACAGUAUUCAGUUCAUGAAAUCAUGAACAAAAUGUACUCUGACGAGCAAGCCCGACGCGCGUUUCUUGACGCUAUCGAAGCGAAGAAGCGCGCCGAUCAGGCGAUCGCAGAGCGAGACGAGAUGCGGAAGCAAGUUGAUAUGGGCGCCGAUGGCAUGGUCGCUAAGCUCAAGAAGGAGGUUGCUGAACAGGCUGAGAUCAUCAGACUUCAACGCCGUACUAAUAAUGCGCUCCGCCAUGAGUUGGAAGAACUGUCAAAGUCACAUAUGAAUCAUUUGCAGAGCUCUGAGAUUGAGAUCCGAGAACUUUAUUUCCAGCUCAAAGAGGCCGGAUUUGUUCUCAAUCAACCGGUCAACGGGCCAAACUAUGAUCCCAUCAGUUCCGAAGCGAAAAAGAAUGUCAUGCGCAAACUGGAGCAGCAGAUGGCUGUCAAGGAAGCCGAGGUCAAGAAUCAAAUUAAACAGCUCGACACCCCGGUGGAGAUCCAGCCUAAGCUGCGAGAACUGCGCGAGACAAAUGUUAAGAUGCAGGAAGCUGAGCGGGGCGCGGCUACAAGCGGAAGUGUCAGGGGUCCGCGAGCUUUGCCUACAACCGCUCCUAAUAGCCUAUUGCAGCAGGUGGUGAUGAACGACAUGUCGAAGAACUUCUCGUCCGAUGAUGAUUCAUCUCUUGACGGCGGUGACCGGCUGCUGCCGGGAGCUUCGACCGUGCAACGCGACGGGCCCGCAGGCGCGGCUGCUCCUCCUCCCCCACCGCCACCGCCUCCUCCUCCUCUCCCUGCGAACAUCACGUUCAACAAUGCAGCCGCGCCUCCUCCCCCUCCACCCCCGCCCCCUCCACCUGCUCCUCCGCUUUCAGGAAUGUCUACGACUGGAGGCCCUCCUCCCCCUCCUCCUCCACCACCACCUCCGCUUCCAGGAAUGCUUACGGCUGGAGGCCCCCCGCCACCCCCUCCACCCCCGCCAUUACCUGGAAUGGGAGUUCCCAACGCCCCGCCUCUUCCCCCACCCUCACUUGCUUCCUCGGCUUUGAAACUACCCAAAUCAGCCAAAGCGGUCGCAGUGCCGCAUGCCAGGAAGAAAAUCAAGCCCAUGCACUGGGAGAAAUUGGAAACUGUCGAGUGUACUUCAGCAAAGCCGAACCGCAAGAGCACGCGCGCUGGGAUAUAUGGCGUUCUGCGGAAUAAGGGAAUCUUUGACGAAGUCGAGCGGAUCUUCGCGGCCAAGGAAGCCAAGAAGAUCGGUGCGGGUGGGCGCUCAAAGGCUGCGGAAGAGAAGAAGAGUUUUAUCUCGAGAGAUCUCGCGCAGCAGUUUGAGAUUAAUCUGCAUGCUUUUGCUAAUCUUUCGGUGGAGGAGAUGGUGUUGAAGAUUCUGAAAUGCGAUAAAGACGUGCUCAAGAAUCACAAUGUUUUGGAGUUUUUGAAUAAGGAUGAUCUGGUUCGAGUUCCUGAUUCAGUGUCUCGCAACUUGCUUCCAUACUCAACGACCUGGACGAACGGAAUGAUCAGCCGAUCUCCCGAAAAGGACCUCACGGAGCUGUCACGCGCCGAUCAGGUUUAUCUCGAGCUAUGCUUUAAUCUGCAAUCGUACUGGAAAUCACGAAUGCGCGCGCUCAUCCUGACACAGACGUUUGAGCAUGACUACGACGAGCUCGUGCAGAAGCUAAAGCUCGUUGACAGCGCAAGCGAGUCAGUCCGGAAAUCGACCAAGCUUCGUGAUUUGUUUGACAUCAUCCUCGCCGUCGGAAACUACAUGAACGAUCCGACGAAACAGGUGACGGGAUUCAAGCUGAGCUCGUUGCAGCGGUUGGCGUUCACCAAGGACGAGAAUAACACAAUGACCUUCCUGCAUUAUGUGGAGAAGAUUGUUCGAACCUCGUUUGAGGACUUGGAUGGAUUCUUGGAUGAUUUGAAGGAUGUGUUGUUGGUGUCCAAACUCUCUAUUGAGCAAGUACAGUCCGACUGCAGGCAGUUCAUUCAAGCAGUCAAGAACGUUCAGGACUCAAUUGACUUUGGAAACCUAUCAGACCGCUCGAUCUUCCAUCCCGAAGACCGCGUGCUUAAAGUCGUCCUGCCCUUCCUUCCAGAAGCGCGAACGAAGAAGGAGUAUCUCCAAGAGCACUUGCAAAACACGGCGCGCACAUUCGACGACGUUUUGAAGUUCUUUGGUGAGGAUCCCAAAGACGCUUCCGCGCGACAGAGCUUCUUCAACAAAUUCACAAACUUCGUGCAUGAUUUCCAGAAAGCGCGCAAGGAGAACUUGCAGCGCGAAGAGGAGACCAGGGCGUACGAGUUGCGCCGCAAGCAGAUGCUCGAGCAGCAAAAGAAGUCUGAGGAGUUAUCCGCCGCCGCCGCGGCUUCUUCCGGAUCACCGAGAAAAGAGGGCGAUACGGCGGUGAUGGAUAAUCUGCUGGCCAAAUUGCGAGCCGCGGGACCUCAGUCUGGCGACGCGCGCGCAGCUCGUCGACGAGCGGCGGCGAGGAAAGCGCAGGAGCAGAGACGGGCGCGCGAUGCCGGCGAGAACAAGGACGGUACAUCUGAAUCCGCCUCUGAGGUUUCAGAAACUGUCUCGCGCGCAGAGUCCGAGACGCGGGCAGAAAGUCCAAAGAAAUCGAACGAGGCAGAUGACAAGCCCUCAGGAGAGCAGCCGGCAGGGGAGCAGGAAUCGGUCAAAGAAGAAUCUCGCGAUUCUGCUAAAGUCAUAGAGGACGAAGUGAAGGAUGAGGGGACGAGUAAUGGCAGAUCGGAAAGAGAGGAAUCGGUAUGA